AUGGCAAGUGUUUGCUCUAACGACAAAGAAGAGUUCUUACGAGUGAAGCCUCCAACUACCUCAUCGGAGGAUUCCAGUGUAAAGGCAGAUCCAUACGCCCUUCAGCUUGACCAGUUGGCAGCCGGCAUUAGGCGCAGUAUUGUGUUGGAUGAGGAGGUUUUCGAAGAAACCUUUCUGCGCUGUAUGAUCUGUCGAGACCGUUAUGAAGAGAAUGUCAAAAUACCUAAAAUCUUACCCUGUCACCACUCCUUCUGCCUACCCUGCUUGCUGCAGUUGUAUCAGUCUGAGUGCACCCAAAGCAGUAGUCUCAGACACUCACGUUCUGUUGGCGUAGGUGGCGCCAUUAGCUUCCAGUGCCCCAGCUGCCGCAACUCAUUUAUGACUUCCGAGAGUCACGUGAUUCAACUUCCCACUGACCACCGUGUUGUCCAACUGCUGGACUUUGUGCGUCACACCAACACCUACACGGUCAACUUUUGCUCCAAGCAUCAUCUACAACCCCUAAACUUCUUCUGCGAGCCGUGCAUCAAGCCCGUCUGUCGUGAUUGCACAGUGCUAGACCACAAAGAGCGCCACGGUCAUAUGGUUAUGGAUGUGGACGAGGCUCUCAAAAAGUACCGACCAGUACUGGAAUUGGCCGUGACCAAUAUGGAAAACGAGGCGACAUCACUGCUUAGUAAGAAAGGGACGCUCGAGUGUAUGGUCAAAUCAAUUGAAUCGAACCAUGACAUAUUAAUGCAACAGAUCAAAGAUGCAUUCCGAGUGAUUCGAGAGGCCCUCGACACAAGAGAGCACGACCUCAUGGAGAUGACAGAACAAAAUAUUUCGCGAGAGAAACACCGCAUCACAUCGAUUGUGGAAAAGAUGGAGGAGCGACAGAAAGCGAUAAAUAAAGAAUGCGUGAAGCUGCGAGAAGCGCUGACUGAUUCCAACAUCGAAGAGAUGUUUAACCUUCACGAGAGUCUGAAGAAGGCAGCCAAGAACCCGAUUCGUGUGCGCGAACUUGAUGAUGGUCUUCAGACACAACUGUCGUUCCAUUCAUCUCUGGAUCUUCUGCUGGAGAGGAUUGAUAAUUUUGGCGACAUAGCAGCCCAGGUGACGAUGAACAGUUUGACAAAAGAAACAAAUGCGAGUAACUCCCAUUUAACAUCUUCCGAUUGCUAA